CAGUCCGACCCCCGCGCUUGACGUGUUGGACGUGUUGGACAUGUUGGGACCAUAACUCUGCCAGCAUUCAACAGUGCAGCGCACACGUCCACCGGACUCGAUGUUUUUCCUCGUGAAGUUCCUUUUUCUGUGGAAUUGAUCAGUGAAAAUUGAAACUUCAAUGCUGAAGCGUAUGAUAUACGUAGUUCAACCGGACUCUUUUUUUCUGAGGAAGUUCCUUUUUCUGUGAAACUGAUCGGUGAAAAUUGAAACUGGCCUGUGUUACAUUUCACUCUCAACUUUCCACCGUUUGGACAAGCAGGUAGCAGUUCAAUCUUCAGUGAACAAGAAGUGAAGGGAAUUUGGAGUGCCAGUAUAAUUUCUUCACUGCUCUGUCACCCAUGAGUAAACUCACUAUCUGGCCAGCAUUUUUUUGCCACAUAUUAAUGAUUGCCUACAAGGCGUUCUUGCUUCAGUGAAUUUAUGAAGACAGCUUACAUGUAGGAUCAACGCGCAUUGGACUGCUACUGUACAUGUCAGAGAAAUUGAGUCUGCCUUCAUUGGGCGUUGGAAGUAUGCGAAAAUAUUGCUGUCCAAUGUGCAUGCACAACAACUGGAACGAUUGACAAUCGAGUUCUCAUCUGCAGCUUGUGGGUUUGAAACUUCUUUGUUUGUGAUAUUCCCUGCGUGUUCUAUAAUCAUUUUGGAAAAUCUGUGUAGCGUUGUACACACAAUCUGAUGACAUUUUGGUGACCAAAACGUAACUUCACGAGGCUGUGUAUUGGCAGUCCGACUCAAAAAAUUUACCUGACAUUUCUUUGAGGACAAUGGAGGAUUUUUAUCAUUACAAAACCUCUUCCGAGGGGCGUUCCCUCCCAAGGAAGUACCUGAACCCGUCUUGCUUUGGUCUUGAGGACCUGGACUCCUCGGGCAGUUCCCUGGAGCGUAGUCUGUCACCGCUGAGCUUUUGCAGUGGAGUCAGCGACUUUGACAGCAACUGCAGUUAUCUGGAUUCUGGGCUUGAUCUUACCGGCACGUGUUCUUCAAGUGCCCUGCAUGAAGCCCGCAGUCUCCCAGUCGCCCAAGUCACCCCCUCCAAGGCCGAGAGCCCACCCAGGAAGAGUUCUCACAAUCCCCCGUCAACCCUGGACAUCAGAAGCGCCUAUCAACCGUACCACUCCGACUAUGGCAGCCUACCUUCCAGCCACUCCCACCACGACUCCAUGGCGGACGAAGAGUUUGUUCCGUUAGACGCGACGUUCAAUCAGUCCCGCAUCGUGGCCGACACGGAACCGGCUAAGCACAAGUGGUCCUCGGAGCAAAACCUCCAUUACGAUGCGAAGCCCACCCUGCACAAAGCAAUGUCGCCGAGCAGUUACGGAACCGGUGUCCUGCACAAACGGUCGCCAGUGAAACCGGAUUUGUAUACCAGCAGCGCGUAUUCCAGUUACACGCCUGCAGGGGACUUGCACGUACCGGUAGGAAUGGGACUGCACGGUAAAACGUCAAUGGAUUAUUUGGAUAAGCCAGGAUUUGGGUCCACCUAUGGUACGGGUUUGAAGUCACAUGACCUGAUGCACUGGCAGCAGCAACUGCAGCAGCAGCAGCAGCAACAGCAGUUACAGCAGCAGUUGGAACGGUUGCAGUUAUCACAAACAGGUCUACAGUCUACCCACCCUUAUUCUGGGUCCUAUUCUUCCACAUUUGGCACACUACCGGGAGGGUCACACUUUGGUCAGGAUCUUGGCAAAUUGGAAGGAGUCAUCCGAGCCAAGGAAAAUCUCCUGGAAGAAAAGAACUUAGUUAUUGAGAGACAAAAGUUGGAGCUAGCUCAUUCCCAGGAGCAACUCAGACACAAGCAGGCCCAGGAGAGGCAGUUCAUGUACACCAGAGUGCAAGAAGACAAGGGAGAUUUCCUUCUCAUGAAAGUACAGGAGUACCAGUAUGAAAACGCCACCCUCAAAGCACAGCUAGCUGAACACUCCUCCAUCAGGGCGGCUGAGAUAGAAACGCUCAACAAGAAACUUGGGGAGACUGAGUACGAGCAUGAAAAACUGAAGAAAGCCUUGAAAGAGGCUAACGAGUCAAAGGUCAAGGAAUUAAAGGAGCUGGAGAGAAAGAUGAGCCAAAAGGAAGAAAGCGACGAGGGGACCAAAGUCAAGUACAAUCGCAUGAAGGAGAAGUACGACAAACUCAAGAAGCGCGUCAGCAGCCUGGAGCGAUACAUGGGAGACCUGCCCACGGCUGAACAACACCUCAAGAACACGGAAGUCAUCAAGAAUCUUUGUGAGAAGGAGAAGCUUCUCAAGGAGCGCAUCUCCCAGCUUGAGGCCUCCCUGGCCGAGUCCAGGAACACGGUGCGGAGCCGAGACAUCACUGUCAGUAAGCUGGAAGGCAGAGAGGCGGACUUGAUGAUUGAGCUAGACAGUUUGAGGAGUGAAGCCAGUCGUCUGCAGUCAGCUCUAGGAGCCCCUAGGGACACCGAUCCCACCAGCCUGAAGCUGUUCAGCCGUACGGCCAUGGAGGAACUGGUGCAGGAACGGGACGAGGCCAAGGCAGAAGCUGAGAAAUACAGAAAGAUGGUUGAAAGUAAACACAAGCAGCUCAAGGCCCAGCAGACACAGCACCAGAAGGCCCUCGCUGCGCUGGAGGAGAGACUACAGCAAGAAGAGGACUCCAUUACAGCCUUGAGGGAGACUAACCGAUCCAAGGACGCUGACCUCAGGAAGAUGAAAGACUCCAUGACAGCAUUGGCCAAGCAGAGUCAGGAGUUAUAUGAGCACAACUUAGACGUCCAGGAGCGCAACCAGGCCCUGGAGAAGAUUGCCUCCUCGGACGUGAUCCAGUCUAGCCACCGUCUCAUCAAGGAGCUAGGAGAGUGUGUCGCUGAGCUGCACGGUCUGGUUCAGGUCUGUACACAGACUGCCGAGGGACAGGAGCCAAACGUGUCUGUGCUGCUACGAUUCAGAACUCCCAGUGUAAGCAACCCUGAGCCCGAGGGGGCAGAAGGCGGCCAUCUUAGCUCGGACACGUUACACGCCAAGCUGAAGCAAGUCAAAGACUUGCGAGCCGAGAUUGAUCGACUCCGUAGCGUAGUGUCCAACAAAUAUGCCGAAGACAUGGGCAAUGAGUGCAUCACCCAAUGAUGAGAACUAUAAAUAAACAAUUACAAAAUUU